AUGCCUUCCUACACUCCCUCCCUGGUGGGAGCAGCCACCGGAGUUGGCGCCCAUGUUCUCCUCUAUCGACAAGGCGAGUGGGAUGAAAAGGCACCGUCGAUUUUUCUCAGCUAUGUGUUUGCUAGUAUAUUGGCUUUCGCAUCCGAGUGGGGCGAAGGAUUCGGGGUCUCCCUGCCGCGCCAAUGGGCCGUUCACAUCAUUUUCUGGCAUGUCUUGGGAGUAUAUGCGAGCAUGCUCGUCUAUCGCGCCUUUUUACACCCACUGCAUAAUUUUCCCGGUCCUUUUUCUGCCAGACUGUCGAAUCUCUAUGCGACUCUCCUCGCUGCCAAGAAGCUGCAAUUUUAUACAGAGACAGAAAAACUUCAUAAGAGGUUUGGUGACUACGUGCGGCUAGCUCCAACCGAGCUUUCUAUCACAGACCCCGAGGCUAUUGUUGCUCUUCAUGGCCCGCAGGCUCUGGUCUCCAAGGGGCCGUGGUAUACGAUUCUUGGGGAUCGCAUCUCCUUACAGCUUGAGCGAGACAAGAAGGUACAUGCGCGUCGUCGCAAAGUUUGGGACAGAGGUUUGAAUAGUAAAUCAUUGCACCUUUACGAAUCGCGUGUCGCGAAAUAUGCCAGCCAAUUAGUCAACGUUAUCGAAGAUCAUGUUGACACUAGUAUCGAUAUGGCCAAGUGGUGCAAUUAUUACGCGUUUGACGUGAUGGGAGAUCUAUCCUUUGGCAAAUCCUUCGGUAUGCUGCUUAACAGCGGGGAUACCUUCUUCUUGAAUGCGCUCCAUGCUACUAUGAAAAGCAUUGGACUCUUGGGUCAUCUGGUAUGGCUGUUCCCUUUCUUUGUGUCAACGCCCGGACUCAAUAGAGAAAAUGUACGGUUCUGGGAUCGGGUCGAUGCGAAGGUUAAAGAUCGAAUGGAUAAUGAGCCAGAGAGCCCCGAUGUAUUCUCAUGGCUACUGGAGAACUAUCGGAAUGGUCCCAAGACCAAGCAGGAUAAUCUCAACCUUCGCGCCGAUGCCUUCUUGAUUGUGGUAGCUGGAAGUGACACCACAGCCGCUACGUUGACAAACCUCUUCUUUCACAUUGCGACAGACCCAGGUCUAAGAGAACAGUUACAAUUGGAACUGGAUAAGCUCAGCGAUCUCUCACAUGAUAACCUCACGCAAAUUGACCUUCUUGAUGCUGCCAUUAACGAAACCUUGAGGCUGCAUCCUGUUUUGCCAUCAGGCACACAACGCCAGACUCCUCCGGAGGGAUUGAAGAUUGGAGACACCUAUAUACCAGGGAAUGUCAAUGUGCAGAUCCCACAUUACACAGUAUUCCGAGAUGAACGCAACUUUGAGCGUCCCACAGAGUUUCUCCCCAGCCGUUGGACCACCGAGCCACAUUUAAUCAAGAAUAAAUCCGUGUUUAUUCCCUUCAACUCUGGGGCAUACACAUGUGUCGGGAAACGGCUCGCUCUCAUGGAGCUGCGAUGUGUCACAGCACAACUCUUGAGCCGGUACGAUGUUAGCAUGGCCCCUGGACAGAGCGAAGAGGCAUACCUGGAUGGAAUGCGCGAUACCUUUACCUUGAUGACUGCUCCACUGCAGCUGGUGUGGCGGCGGCGAGAGGGAAUUCGGGCUUGA